AUGAGGAAAGAGGAGAACCACGUAUAUGCCAACUUGAACUCAAUGGACAAAAAGAUCUCCCCUUGCGCCUCCUGCUUUUGCAGAGAAAGGGGUCGCCCGCCCCACUGGCGGGUGGGUGGGUGGGUGGACGGACGCCUCUCGGAGGCGAGGGGAAGCGGCUGCUCGACGGGAAAGAAGCCGGAGCGGAAUCCUCCUUACCUCUCCUCCGCUGUCGGCGAUGAUGCCGCCUCGGACUUGGAGCGGGGAAAAUGCGCGUGGGCGCCGACGCCGCUUGCCGGCUCCUUGCAGCCGAGCCGGCUUCCUGCUGCUGCUGCAAUGAAUGAGCUGCGCCUCUCGCUCCUGCUCUCCGCCCUCGGCAACCGCACGCAGCUCAGCCCGGCCCUCCGCCAGCUCCUCCGCGGCCUGCGCUCUCCUCCCCGCUCUCCUCCGCUCGCUGCCGCCGCUGCUUGCACAGAGCUGGAUCGCCGCUUCCCUUCCCGGAGCGCAGGAGAGGCAGCACCGCGCAGCAGCAGCAGCAGCAGCAGCCAAACCUCAGCUGCCUCCUCUAGGCUCUUUUAUCCCCUCCGGCUCGGGGAAGGUCAGUCCGGACCGGGGAAGCGUCCAGCGCCCCGUGAUUGGUCCCCGCCCGGGGCUCCCCCAACUUCCCAUUGGCUGCGAGGGAGGAGAGGUCGGCGCCCCGCGACGAUUGUUUGCGUCAGAGGGAGGCGAAGUUCCAAGGAACUUGGCCGGGCUGCGCGCGCGCCAUGGAGACCGAGCGAGGACGCGGAGGGAGGCAGGAAGAAAGGGGUGACUCAGGUGGCAUGGGUGCCACCCACCACCCCCGCCAAGGGGAUCAGGUGGUCCCUCCCAGGCGCAUCAGAGUUGGGAGAGCCCAACUUCCACAUGCACGCGCGCGGAUCCUCUUCCUUCCUUCCUUCCUUCCCCUUCUCUCCAAAUCUCUCGCAACCUCUUGGGGUUUUGCAGGCUUGCAAGUAUCCAACUUUGCUGCUGCUAACUUUUUAUUUGUUUACUUCAUGUGUGCACUCGGGUACCCAAAUCUUGCAGCAUUUGCAAAAGCAGCAUCAUUAGAUCAGGAAGAGCAGU